AUGCUGUCUUCGGGACUGAUGCGCAAAAAGCCCAAGAGAGCAGAGGACACUGCCGUCGAAUACUGGGACAAGGCCAAGCGCGCUGAGGACACCGCCGUAGAGUACUGGGACAAGGUCAAGCGUGGCGAGGACACGGCUGUUGAGUACUGGGACCGCAAGGCCAAGCGCGGCGAAGACACUGCUGUCGAAUACUGGGACAGGAAGACCAAAGCUAAGCGUGGCGAGGAUACUGCCGUUGAGUACUGGGAUAAGCGCUCUCCCGAGAGUGACACCGCGGUUGAGUACUGGGACAAGCGCUCUCCCGAGAGCGACACCGCGGUUGAGUACUGGGACAAGAAGCGAUCUCCUGAGAGCGACACCGCCGUCGAGUACUGGGACUAA